AUGGCACCAGCACAACGCUACGUAGACACGCUACCCGAGCCGCCGCACCCGCCCCUCCCCAUGAAGGUCAUCGUCCUCAGCUACAGCCGGAGCGGCACGCUGGGCCUGUACCGCGCGCUCAACAUGCUAGGGUACCGAUGCUACCACACGGUAGAGAUGAUGCGAGAGGGCGUAUCGCACCUGCGGCUAUUCAACGAGGCGCACCGGGCCCACCUGCCGUUUCCCACCUCCACCUCCCCCUCCUCCCCAUCACCAUCUCCCAAACCCUACACCCGCGCCGACUUCGACCGCUGGCUCCACGCCUACGAUGCCCUGUCCGACAUCCCGUGCCACCUCUUCCCCGAGAUAAUCGCCGCCUACCCUUCCGCCAAGUUCAUCCUGGUGAAGCGGGACCCGGACCGCUGGAUGGCGUCUGUGCGCGCCACCGUCGGCGCGCUGAUGGACGACAUGUCGCGGUUCCCGCUGCGCUACUGCCGGUUGUUCGACGCCUUUCUCGACGAUUUCUUCCGCUUCAACGAGCAGAUCGUCGCGCAGGCGUCGCGGGGCGGGAACAUCGCAUCGGUCAAGAAGCUAGUGCCCCCGGAGCAGCUGUGCGUGGUGCGGCUCGAGGACGGGCUGGGAUGGGAGCAGAUCUGCCCCUUCCUGGAGUUGCCCAUACCGGAGACCAAGUAUCCACGGGGCAACGAGCCGCUUGAGUUCAAGGGUGUCGUGUAUGGUUUGAUGGCGCCCCAUAUACGCAAGGCGAUGUUUACGAUGGGGGCGGCGCUCGUGGGAGCACUAUCGGUAGGCGCGUGA